AUGCCUUUCCGCGACCGCUUCAAAAAGGCCUUCCGCCGCCCAGAGAAGGAAAAAGACACAAAGCCCAAGAUCGAAUACUACCGUCGCGGCGAAUGCCCCCGGUCCAAGUACCGCGGGCCUGUCGACCCAGAGCACAAACGCAGACUGUACGACUGGAACUUCGCCGAUGCCACUGCCGACCGCCGUCGCUCGUUUGACCUCGACUUGUCACCCUGCACCAGUCUGCCGGACAAUGCUGACGACGACAGCGACUUGACGACCGACCAGGAGUCGGAAUCGGAGGUAGCCCAGAAGCGCAUGCGGAGCCUAAUGGUAGCAGCCUCGAUCACCGUCGCCCACCACGAAGUAGCCCCCUGUGGCUCCGUCGACUCGACUUCAGACUCCUCGACAGCCGUUGCGUCGAGCUACGGCUCGUCCACCUUGACCUUGAAAGAGAGCUGGGAUUGGCCUCUGGCAAAGCGCGAUGCGAUGGCGACGCUGAAAGAAUCGAUUGCUCUGACCACCGCCCCUCUGGCGCGCCGCAUCUCGGCGCCAGAGAAGGCCUUCCACCCGGAGCAACUGCGGCGGGCGCUGAGCUCGGUUCGCGAUGUGUAUUAA